AUGGCGGCGAGCGGCGGGCAGCUGGGGGGCUUCUUCGAACACCACGUCUCCAAGGCCGUGUGCGACACGCGGGCCAAGUACCGCGAGGGCCGGCGGCCCCGCGCCGUCAGGGUGUACACCAUCAAUUUGGAGUCUCAGUAUUUGCUGAUCCAGGGGGUCCCCGCGGUGGGAGCCAUGAAGGAGCUGGUCGAGCGGUUUGCUCUGUACGGCGCCAUCGAGCAGUACAAUGCUUUAGACGAGUACCCGGCCGAAGAGUUCACGGAAGUCUUCCUCAUCAAGUUUACGCACUUACAGAGCGCCAGGACGGCCAAGCGGAAGAUGGACGAGCAGAGCUUCUUUGGCGGAUUGCUACACGUGUGCUAUGCUCCGGAAUUUGAAACGGUGGAAGAAACCAGGAGAAAGUUAGAAUCGAGAAGGGCUUACAUAUUCAGAUGUACCAGAAGCAAAGACCGCUUCCCGACAAAGCAGAAGCCGCUCCCCGCGCAGGAGGACCCGGGAGCUGUCGGACCAGACUUCCCUGCUGGUGCCUGCUGGGAAGCUGUCAGGAGCACGCCUGCCGGGCACAUGUACCCUCCUCUCCCAUAUUCCUACGAACUGCCCCUGGGGUGCUUCACCGGCUCGCCUGGGGAGUGUGUGGGUGGACCCCCAGACCCCUUCGCGCUGGGGGUGAGCCACUUUAACGCCGCGGGAGCACGCCCGCGGAACCCUCCGCAGAAACCACCGGCAGCUUCCACAGACGGGGCGGCCUGUGCUGGGACGCUUGGGGCCAUCACUGCUUCAGCUGCCGUGAGUAGAUUUAUGCCCCGGACAACACAGCUGCAGGAGCGGAAACGCCGGAGGGAAGAUGACCGUAAACUUGAAGCACUGCUUGCAAGGAACCCGAGCAGCACCGAGGUGGUGAUUGGGCCUCUGCUGCCGCGGGAGCCCCAGGUGGACAUGCAGGACCCCUCGCUGAAUGCCACCGCGACCCUCAUUCGGAAUAAGCUUAGAGAGGUAAGUUCAUCUGCUCCAAAGCCUGCGGAGGGCCAGCCGGAAGCAGCUCCCGCAAGUCGUCCGCUAAAGCAGAGACGGAGAAUAUGAGCUGCUGGCGAGCAGUGCUUCGAAACAAGAGCUCUUCUGAUUCUGGUGCUUAUAUUUUACAAUGCACUUUUUUGUACUUUCAUACAAAAUAAAUGUCUAAUUUGAUCCAUC